GCCUUUCCGCACCCCGUGAAGCGGGAGACUCGAAGGAGACAGUCUUUGUGUCUGCUAGCCCGUAGUAGCUCCAUCGCUUACUGCCCCUGGCACUUAAAUGCAACUUCCAUGGUUGCCAGCCUAAUGACGAAGCGUUGUCCAGCUCUGCUUGUGAGCCACGGCCGUCCCACUCCUGUCAAAGCUUUCCAGUUCAUGGCUCUCCUGGGGAGUAUCGGCCUUUGCACCCAACCUUGACUUUCGCGGCUCAGGCAAUAAACACUACUUCGUGCUGCCUGAUCAUUCCCUCUCCAGGUUUUCAACAUUUUUUUGUUAGUAUCCUUUGCUGAAGGACUGGACGCUCACUACUUCGCGACUGCCCUUACCAGGGCUGCUGGACAAAGAGCAUCAUGUAUAGCGCGCAUCUACCACAUGCACAUUUUCAGCCUGUCGCGACGCUCGAUUUGACGGACGAUGCAACGCGUCCAUUGAUGCAACAGCCUUGGACGCCGACUGGCGAGUGUCCGACUUUUGCAUCACCGGCCAUGGGCUUUUCAUCGAAUCCUUACGUACGAGGCCCAUCAUUCAGCGACACACAUCCAUACAACGGACAACUCGUCUCACCGCCGAACCUUGAGCUUGAUACGGAAUGGUAUUUUCCUGAGCAAUCUCGACAGCAUCACAGCGAUGCAGGAAGCUACGGACUUCAGGGGCUAGGGAUGGUCUUUGGGCCGCCUGUUGGGUAUGGUCUUUCAGGGCCAUGGUCAUUACCCAACGAGGCUGCGACGACGCCAAUGCCCUUCCAGGCGUACUAUCCUCGAAAUGCGGGCAUACCACCGGACCGGCAUCAGCUCGUCACACCGCCCUAUGAGCAGCCGCAAUGUUUACAUGAUAUGACUCGUCCAGGGACCGAGCAAUCGGUACUUCCGCUGCAUUCCUCGUUGCAACAUCAUGAGCGGAUACCGUCCAAUGGACUGAUCUAUUCACCGCGCCAGAAGAGACCACGCAGUACUCACGUAUGCUCCAACAUCGACACACGAGAUGUUUCCACGCCUCCGCCGCUGAUGCGGACUGCACCGUAUUCACACCAGCAAACAGGCAGUGGUUCUUGUUCUUCAUCAGCAACAGAUGUGACGGGUUGCGGUCAAGCUACCACCAUCACGCCAGACUCGAGUGUCGAGGCGAGUCCGCAGGCUCAACAACAAUCUUUUGCGCCCAAAGUGACCAAUACCAUGGCGUUCAAUGUGACGAAUGGAGCACAAUCACAACCUCACUUACAGCGUAUCGUCAAGUCUCCACCGAGACCCAUGCCCUUGCCGCAACCUGGUGGCCGACCUGUCAAUAAGAUUGGCAUGACGAUUGGUGUUUGGACAAAACAGGAUGAUGCCGAGCUGUUGGCGCUCAUUCAUGCACAUUUGGCGAAAGACGAUGAAGAACCCAUUCCAUGGGCGAUAAUAGGGCGUGGCUUGGGCGCGCCCCGUUCAGGGCAGCAGUGUCAAGCACAUUGGUCAGAAGCUCUGGAUCCAAAGGUUGUGCGUGGUCGAUGGACGCCUACGCUGGAUAAGCAGUUGUUGCACUUGACUGCGUAUUUUGAAAAGAAGUGGGCACGGAUCAGUGAGCAGAUCCCGGGGAAGACGCAGCGGCAGUGUCGAAGUCGAUGGUUUGCACUGCAGUCCAAGGCAGAUAAGGCCAAAUAGAUGCACCUGCUGAUGUUGUAAACUUGUCAAUGAUGGAAAUGAAACCUUGAAUCCUGCUUGAUGCUCUUUCUUGCUGCCCAUCUCAUUGACUUUUGCCAGCGAAACACAAACCCGGGCAACGCGACGGGAGAUCUGACCCAACAACACGCAUCUGCUGAGUAUGUCGGGUAAAGUGCAGUCAGCGAGACAGAGACAGGCCAAUGAGGCAUUCGCCAAGAAAGAGGCGAGCAAGCGCGGCAAGGCGCCAGAGCAGGUCCUGAAACAGGCCACAAAGAAG